UGCAGUCAGUUUAUGGACGCCAAACGCCUGGCAGAGGCGGAGGGAAAGCCGGGCUUUGAAUGUUUGAUUGAUAAUAACAUCGCGGCAGUAGUUAUGGACAUGUAUUUAGCGGGAACGGACACCAUAUAUACAACUCUCGUAUGGAAUCUACUAUUUAUGGUAUAUUAUAGCGAUUGGCAGCAAAUUAUGCGAAAUGAAGUGAACGAUAGACUGGGCGAUAGGGCACCGGUUGUGACCGAUAAACACCAUUUGCAUAAUGUUAUGGCAUUCGUAUACGAGACCAUUCGUUGGAGAAACGCAGGGCCUAUGGGGGCACCGCAUAUGACUUUAUCGGAUACCAUAUUAGGCGGCAAAUACCCAGUUCCCGGUCAAACAAUACUGAUCAUCCAUUUGUGGCACAUAUUGACUAACGAUAAAUAUUUUACAAAUGCUGACCAAUUUAAACCUGAACGUUUUAUUGAUGAGCAUGGCCAGUUUAAUUCCAUUGAGUCAUCAGCAUAUAUACCGUUUGGCACGGGUAGGCAUGGUAGAGCUUAUCUAAUAGUUUCAGUGCUGGAGAACCGGACGGUCCUUAUAUACCCGGUUCUCUGGCAAAGGAAUGUGAAAACUGUGCGCGAAUGGGGAGAGGAAAAUAAAGAGGGGCUAAUCCCUUUUGGGUGA